AACACUACCGCCCCUGUUGAGUUACAUUGUAGCAAGCAUAGCCAUCUAUGUCAAUACAAUGAUGUAUCAGAGGGCUGUAAUUACUGUUUGUUGUUUCUGAAAGGUCUUCAUGUGACGAGUUAUAACAUGAUAACUUGCAGCAGUCGUUUCACAGCAUACUACGACGAGUUUGAGGAACUCAUGUACGAGCACCGAAUCGAAUGCUGAGAAUUCAUUGCGCAAGACAUCUUUCAAUAACUCGAAAUCAUUUUUCUAAACGAACGAGCCUUGUUGCCUUUUGGAUGCCUGUAGCGACAGACUCCAAACAGACCUAAUCAGAGGCCCACAUUCCAUGCCUGGGGUUCCGUUUUAAGCUCUAAGCCAGUCAAUGAUGCUAACCCCCACCACCCCUGAAGCAGAGGACAAGGCCUAUUGCUGCGACUCCCCACAGAAGCUUGUGGCUCAAUUCUCCAACUCAUGCCUGUGAUCCCCAUCCCUCGGCGUGUGCGUAGCUUCCAUGGUCCCCACUCCACCUGCAUGCACUCGGCCUGUGGGUCUGCACACACCACCCAGCUUGUGCGCACCAAGUACAACAACUUUGACCUUUACCUGCGCUCACGAUGCAUGUACGGCUUCCUGCGCUUCCUGCUCUACUUCGGCUGCAGCCUUCUGACCUCCCUCCUCUGGGUGGCGCUGUCGGCUCUAUUCUGCCUGCAGUACAUGAGCGCCCGUGUCUUCCUGCGGCUGCAGUACAAGCUGUCCGUCAUCCUACUGUUGCUAGGACACCGGCGCCUUGACUUUGGGGUGCUCAACAACCUGUUUAUCUACAGUAUGCAGGUCACAAUGUUCCUGGUGGGAGGCCUGGGCUGGUGCUUCAUGGUGUUUGUGGACAUGUAGCUUCUGGUGACAACAGUGACCAUGGAUUUUUUAUUGUUUAAAAAAAUGUAACCUUUAUUUAACCAGGUAGGCCAGUUGAGACCUGGCCAAGAUAAAGCAAAGCAGUGCGGCACAAACAACAACACAGAGUUACACAUGGAAUAAACCAACGUACAGUCAAUAACACAGUAUGGGGGAAAAGUCUAUAUACAGUGUGUGCACUGUUAUAUACCAAUGUCAGUACCAAAACAUUACCACACAGCAGCAGUUGCUAUGAAGGCGUAAGGAUGACCAGGAAUAGAAGGUGGACAGAAUAUAUGGUUAUACUCUGGUGCUAUUUGCCUGAAAAAAGCUGAUGCAUACUUACACUAAGACUUCUGUAAUAACAAGCCUUACUUUAGUUUGGACAAUGAGGUGUGGGAUGCCUCUCAAGACCCUAGAAAGGAAAACAUGCUGUCUUCUGUUUGACUGGAGAAAACAAAUCACGCAAAAUGUUGAAUUCUAAGCAUAAAGGAUACGUUCGUAUUGGUGUUGGAUUCAAAUCCCUUGGUGACCAACAUUCUUUUUGUAACGUUAUUAUUUUACACAUCUUCUUUUCAUUUAAAAAAAAGCAACAGUAUCGUGCUGUAAAGUAUAUGGAUAAGUGAGUAUGUGUUAGUGUUUGCAGAUUGUGUCUUAUUGAUGCCACUAAUAUCUGCCAUGGGCAUGGCCUGCUGCUUGAGCUGUGUCAUCGAGUCUGUAACAGUGCGAGUUAGUUACAGUGGGUGGCUUUGGGUGAAGUGGUCAUUUAGUCCCUCACAUGGUCCCAGAAUCCCUCUCGCAGAGAGAACACUCUGUUCGGCCUCCCUCAGAAAACAAUAGCCAAUCACAGCCAGACACCUCCGUCUCUGCCAACCAAAACAAUGGCUGUGGCUGUGUCCCAAUGGCCUCCUUUACUCAGCUUCUUCCCUACACUAGAAGUGAUCUGAUAAAUAUAGGAAAGGCUGUAAUGAUAGGAUGAAAACCUAUUCAGAAUGUUUAUCAUUGUGGUCAUGUGUAAAGCCUGUAGUUUUCACUGACCAUGUGCCAAUAACUUUCUCAUUGUUAAUUUUAAGUACUGAAAUCCUGAUCAAUUUCUCCUAAAUUCUCCUCCUUUCCUUGUCCCCUUUUCCACAAGCCUAGGUCCUGGCCAGGAAAAGGUCUGGCCCUAGUUAUAGUCACAGCCUCUGUUUCAGUACUUAAACAGUAAACAGUGUACAAGCCAAGUUUCCACCAUGCUACUUUCUAUUCAGUCUGUUUCAGAUCAGUGCUCAAUACUAAGGGAAGAAAACCAUUUAAAAUAUUUGGGACUCGGCCCCAGUCGUUGGAUGGAGUUUAGAGAUAGAGAACUCAUCUUAAUAUCUGUGCCAUUAUAGUGUCUGUGAUAGCCAGUGAGACUACAACCCAUAAGAAUCCCUACCCAGUUGACUACUUUGACCAAUUUAAAAUGGCGACAUGGCUGAGGACUGGCAUUGGGCCGAAGUGGGUACGCAGCACAACCCUGUAUUGUUCUAGGAUCAACUCAUCAAAUGCCUCAUACUCUGGGGCACUCAUAUUUGUUAGCCUAGUUCGUAUGUCCUGUUAAAACUGAAAAGAAGGAAGAAUUGCGUUUUUGACAUACAGUUCCUAAAGGAAGUGUUCAUACCUCUUGACUUAUUCCACAUUUGGUUGCGUUACAGCCUGAAUUCAAAAUGGAUUCCAAUUUAAAAAAUGAUCUCACCCGUCUACACACAAUAACCCAUAAUGACAAAGUGAAAACA